AUGAGUUAAAACUUAGCCUAUGCAUAAUGUGAAAAUAUUAAGAUAAAAAUAUGCAAUAGAUAUGAAAGCGUAAUAAUGAUUUUUUCCGAAGCAUUACUUGUAAUUACAUUUGAGCACUAAAUAUUCAACUGAAUGGCUUUGCGUUGACUAUAUGUAAAAUUACAUUCGUUACAUACUUCAUAAACAGAAGAAGAAAUUUAUAGAGUUUUUUUUUAUCACUGUUUAUGCAAAUUGCCUUAACACGCAUAUUUAAACUAUGCAUAUUUAGUUAUAGGAAUAAUUAGCUCAUACACUACUUCUAAGAUAGAAAGGUAGUUCAGUAUGCAGAUUUAUCAUUAUGAUAUGCUGCAAACAACGGAAGCCGGAAUCAAAGCAUCCCCAGAUUUUUUUUCCAUUUAACGAAACAUAAACUAUGCUUAUAUUAGUAUUUAACCGUAAUUUAUUGCAAUACUUAUAGAUUACUUUCCUUUAGUUAAAAGCUUUGAAUUUAUGUAUGUUUUGUGAUCUAAAAUUAAAAAAAAAAAAAAAAAAAAAAAAAAAAAAAUCUUCAUCAAUUAAUAUUCUCUUUAAUAUUUUUCAUAUAUUUGCUAUGCAUAUAACAUAAUCUGUUCACGUAUAUGUAUAAAAUGUUUCUUUUAUUUAAUGUUCUCAGAGCCGACGAGGUAUGAUGGUUUCACUCAACGAAGUAGCAAUAACUGUGGGUUUCCUUUUAGCGUACCUUGUCAACUUCUUAUUUAUAACCACGCACAAUGGAUGGAAAUACAUGUUUGGUGUAGCCGCCAUUCCAGCUUUUCUGCAAGCUUUGGGAAUUGCACUUAUGCCAAAUAGCCAUCACUACUUAAUAGUUAAAGGAAAGAAAGAUAAGGCAAGAAAGGUUUUGCGUUCUUUACGUAAUAAGAAUGAUGUGGAGGAGGAAAUGGAGGCCAUUAUAUCAUCCAUCGAAGAACAAAAGAGCUGCCGCUAUGUGGAUUUAUUCAGUUCAUCUAGCAACAUGCGGGGUCGAAUGGUGCUUGGUAUGACACUUGUUUCACUACAGCAGUUUUCAGGUAACACCAAUGUGCUGUACUAUGCUCCUUCAGUAUUUCAGCAUUUCGGGUAUGAUUCUGAUUCCUUAGCAACUUUAGUUACAGUUGGUCUUGGAAUAGUAAAGGUGCUCUCUACAGCUGUAACUCUUCUGAUAGUUGACAAAGUUGGAAGAAGAUCUCUCCUCUUAAUAGGCUGUCUAUUAAUGGCGACCAGUAUAACACUUCUUGGAAUUUUUGGAACUUUUCAGGGAGCAUACAGUUCGACGGAUGGUUGUACUUCACCAGCGGUUUAUUCAAACACUUCCUCUCAGACUCCUCGCAAUAUUAAACCACUUGUACUCAGCAGAAGCUAUAUUUUUCCGAAAACCAACGACGCAAAAAUAAUUACUGAAAACACCAAGAUACUUUUUAUUAAAAACAAAAGUAGUGUGCCAGAAAGUCUAAAAGAUUUUCAAGACAAUAUAUUUUUUGAAAGUUUUCAAUUCUCUGAAAUCAAUAACAAAAGUCUGUAUAUAGUAAAACUUAGUAAAAAUGAAACUUUAUUAAAAAAUGGCACGCUUCCAGUUAAUAGACAUGAAAAACAUCGAAUGUUGACAGUAACAAACAAUAGCGAAGACUAUUUGGAUUCUGCAACUCAGCAAGUGGAUAUUGGUCCCUCUCUUCUGAUAAAAAUUAUAUCAGUUACUUCAUUAAUGAUAUUUAUUUGUGCAUACGGGAUGAGCUACGGACCAGUCACAUGGUUGGUACUCAGUGAAAUAUUUCCAGGUUCUCUUCGAGGAAGAGCUGUAUCUGUAGCAACUUGCAUCAACUGGGGAUCCAAUAUUGUAGUCUCCCUUACUUUCUUGGAUAUUCUGAAUGUAGCUGGUAUAGGCCCAACAUUUGUGGUUUAUGGAUUCGUAUGUUAUGCUGCAGCUGUAUUCGUUUUCUUUUGUGUACCUGAAACGAAGAGCAAGACUCUUGAAGAAAUCAACAAAGAUCUAAGUUUCUACAAAAGGAUAUCAAGGCAUGUGCAUUUCCUUAUAGUCAUAGAAAAUAUUCCUUAAAGACUUUCGCAUCUGAAUCCAAGACAUCAGGAGUAAAGCAUGAAGCAAAAAGUUACAAAUAUUUAAACGAAAAUUCGUUAGAUUUCUUUAUGUAAAAUCUGCUUUGCGUCAUACCUGUUUCGUUUAUAUGAAAUAUAUUAUUAAUCAUUUGUAAUUGAAAGAAAUCUGGAUUUUACAAGGAUUUACAACAAAAAAAUCAGCUGUUUUAUUUUUUCAACAUUUAGGAUCAACCUGUGAGAAUAAGCAUCACAAAUUACACUGAACAAUAACAUUUAACAUAUUGUUUUGUGGUAGGAAAAUCUGCGGAAUGGUCUACUUGAUUAAAACUGUAGAGUCCA